ACUGUUCUAGACUCUUUAUAGUCAGACGGAAGAGUCUAGCUCACCAUUUUGAAUUAACGGACAACCUAAAAAAUCUGAUUGUUGUAAGCUUUAAUCAGAUCGUUUCUAUUUGAAAGUAACAAGACUGCGAUGACUGUUAGAUAUGGCUGUUCCUGGACAGUCGAACCUUAAAGAUGCGACGAAACUCUUCGAAAGGAACAUGAGCAACGACAGCAACGCAUGCAACUCACUAGAUUCCCAAGAAUCUGAGGAUUCUCAGAAUGAUAUCCCAGCUGUCUGCCCAGUAAUUUGGUCUGUUCUCGACUUCAACAUACGUGACAAUCCACCCUGGUUACCAGAAGGACAAACAAUACCAAUUAAAAGGGUAAUUGAAGAUAUCAUCAUGUAUAAAAGCGAGUACGACAUGUUUGAGUUAUCCAAGAAGGACCCCGAACUGUUAAAACGUAAACUGAAAGAUAUCAGAGAUGAAUUUAUUUACCGCAUGGCAGUUGAAGAGAAAGUGGGUGUACAAGAGCUGGGUGCUAGUAGCGAAGUGCUUCAGGAUCAUCUUAACUCGGUGGAUAAUCCCAAAAAAUUUCGUCGUCAAUUUUCUCAGGAACAACAAGAAACUAUGAAUAUGUAUUCAGCGUUGCGACAUUUUACAAAUAAUUUUAGAGAGAUGAAGAAAACGGGUUUGAUAGAUGAACAAUACGUGCUGGAUGGACAUAAAAAGCUAAUGGCUAAUACAAUGAAGAUAGGUGGAAAGUUCUCGGAAAAUCCGCGAGAAACAGAAUAUAAAGGAGAGGUACAUGAAUACCCGAAAUCGGACGUUAUCCCCAAAUGUCAUCAGGCGAUUGUUGAUAACUCCAAUCAAAUGAUGGAAUACAUAAGGUGUGCAUUUGACAACAAUACAGAGGAGAAAAUAUUGUAUACUGUUAAACUUGCAGCAUGGCUGUUGUAUAACUAUGUAAGUCUUCACCCAUUUGGUGACGGCAAUGGUCGCACGUGUCGUCUUUUGUGCAGCUACAUCAUAAGCACCAUAGCGCCAUUUCCAACACCAAUAUAA